UUCCAAACCCUCUCUCGCUCUCCCAGCGCUGCGUCUCUCUCCUCUCGCCUCUGCAAAAAAAACCCCAUCUUUGGAGCCAUCAGUUUCAGAUUCUCUGCAAUCAUGUUGGUUUACCAGGACCUUCUCAGCGGUGACGAGCUUCUCUCGGACUCGUUUCCAUACAAGGAAACUGAAAACAGAGCUCUUUGGGAGGUUGAAGGAAAGUGGGUUGUCCAAGGAGCAAUUGAUGUAAACAUCGGUGCUAACCCUUCUGCGGAGGGUGCCGAUGCAGAUGAGGCUGUUGACGACCAAGCUGCUAGGGUGGUUGACAUUGUUGACACAUUCAGGCUUCAGGAGCAACCUUCAUUCGACAAGAAGCAGUUUGUUGCUUGGGCAAAGAAGUACAUCAAGCUUUUGUCAGCCAAGUUGGAAGGAGAGAAAAAGGAGGAAUUCACGAAGAGCAUUGAGGGAGCAAUUAAGUUCCUUCUUCCAAAGCUUAAGGACUUCCAAUUCUUUGUGGGGGAGAGCAUGGCCGACGAUGCCGGCUUGGUUUUGGCUUACUACAAGGAAGGAGCCACAGACCCAACUUUUAUCUAUUUCGCUCAUGGUUUGAAGGAGGUCAAGUGCUAAGCCGGUCGCGGUGUCAUGGCAAGCGCUUGCUAGUCUUAGUUUUUAUUAUUACCCGUUUUCCUUUUAAAGCUUUCUUUUUUGGUCUUUUUUGAGAUUCUGGACUGGAUGUGGUUUCUGUGUUAAAGUGUUGUUUACAGCAACAAGUUACUCGUUUAAACUUGCUUCCUAAUUUAUUAUUGGUGCGUAUGUGUUGAUUUAGAAAUAAUUUAAAACAUUUAUCUUC